GUAUGCUCUGAUUUAACGGAUCUCAGUCUGCACGGUGAUGAGAGAAAAAAAAAGAGGGAGGGGAGGUAAGAUUUGAUCACAUGGCCACGAAGUCAUUCUGAAAGUAUGCUAUCGAGGUAUCACCCAAAGAAAUAUAAAAAGUCCUUCACGGUGAGCAGCUGUGUCCGACCAACGAGCAUCUUUUUCAGAGCUUUGAGUGGAACAGCGGGGCCGGUGGAGACAAAACAGAAGACGAGGCGGUGACGGAAGCAAAAAAUGUCUAACCAAAGCGAGGUUUUGGCCCCACCCGGGAUGAACACCACAACUCCGUUUCUCAACACCAUCCUGAACACCUCCACUUCGACAGUCCUCCCUUAUGAUGACUUACACACAAUUGCAGCCCAGGACAUAACCUCCAGGGCGAACUAUAUCUACAGCUUCCUGGCGGCACUGGGUUUCGUGGCGGGCUGCUUCCUGUUCUACAGCUUCAUCCAGACGUACAGAGCGCUGAAACGGCUGGCCUGGCUCAACCGUCUGCUCUGGGCCUUCUGUGGCCUCCAGCUGCUGCUUCUGCUCCUCUCUCUGCACGUCGUGGUGUACAUUCCUCACUACCUGCGCACCACAGGUUUGGGCUGUGCUGCUCUCUCCUUCACCAUAAACACAGUCUCUCUCUGCAGCCUGUUCGUUUUGGUGCUCAUGGCUUACGUCCUGACCCUGGAUCCUCCGUCCCACGCCCUGCUGAGGAAGCCUUGGGUCUGCGGGGCUUUGGUGAGCCUGACCUCUUUUCUGAUUGCUCUGAUGCUGGCUGGGCUUCGAGGACCCAGAGAGGGUAUGCAGGUAGAAUAUAUGUGUGUUAUGGAUCCAGUCAGUGCUGGUGUCUCAUAUGCCGCCGCGAGGUUGUGCCUGGCUUUUCUGAUUCCCUACCUCCUCCAGCUGGGACUUCUCAUGGCUGGCUGCGUCCGGCAGUGGAAAUCCAGAAGACGUUUCCUCUCCGGCUCCGAGGAGGGUCCUGUGUUCCUGACGGUCACUGUGGUCAUGUUUUUCUGCCAGCUCUUCUACAGCGUGGUGCUGGUGAGAGGAGCACAACUCGCUCAGAAGGAGGGGCUCAGCAAACAGUUGUGCUCCUAUCUGGUGAGAGGAGCACAACUCGCUCAGGAGGGGCUCAGCUGCCACGAGCAAGCGUUUCUGACCGUGGCCGAGUUUGUGUUGUUCUCAGGGAGCAGCGCCAGCCUCCUGAUUGUGCUGCUCAUGCACCGGCCGUGCAGAGAGAGUCUCCACGGAGCGCUGAGGCAGCUGAGGGACUGCUGCAGGAGCCCAGGGGCCUCGCAGACCAACAGGAACAUCAUAGCCCCCCACAUCGAGAUCACAGACACGCUACAGGAUAUAGAGUGAUCGAGGACAAAACUCUCUAUAUGACAACAAACUGCUGAUGUAUCAACAAACUUUAGGAAUCUGAUGUUUAAGACAUUUAAUCUAUCUUUAAAAUGCUUGUUUCUUAAAUGACCAUUUUAACGUUUUACAUGCAUCUUUCUCUUUUUUAGCUUCCAACUAUUUCUUAAAUUUCCUUUUUUGUACUAUUUUAUUUAAAACCUUUGGUGCACAUAUUCCAAAUUGUGCAACAUCUACUUAGUCCUCAGUGCUAAGUCACUUUGUUGAAAAUAUGUUUAUAAAGUUGUUGUAAUAACUCCUCUCUGAAUGGAACCAUUAAAAGGAC